GGGGCUUUUAUGCUUCGGGCUGCGAUCCAUUUUAUUCUGUAUAUGUGAGAAGCGUGCUCUCGCGGGACCCGGGCAUCGAGCCAGAUUUAAGCUUGUUCCUUGACCGUCAGGAUCUUCUCUUUUCUCUCCGCGGUUCUCCUCAUUUUUCGUUUGACAGUUCUGUCAGUGUUAACCACCGCGUCGGGACCGCAGCUCCAUCGCGGAUUUUUCCAUCAAUUUUCGUUCGUUUUUUAGUCCUGCCCAUCGGGCCAAGUCUUCGAGUCCCACAUAACCAAAUAUCGUUUUUAUUCUUCGCUUCAUUCGGAGUUUAAGCACUUUCGCAGCGACACACCUUUGAGAAUAUUAAUUAUCGUUUUUAUCCGUACGCUCGUUCUGCUCAUGCGUCGCGACGCUUUGUUCAGGCUUUUUUAAGCUCCGUCCGAGUUGUAAAUACCGUUUUUGCUCUUCUCUUUCGACACGUGACUACUCGAAACUACGAUGAACGUGACUGUGAGAUUUUUUUUGGUACUCACACUCGCUGCUGCUGCCGUCUCCUCCGCUGGGAUACUCGAAACACUUUUAUCUUGGGACCUUCCCGAAGCCGAGGAAAGAUCGGCUGCGCCUCAAUCGAAAUGUCUCUGCCAAUCAUCCGGCUGCUUGUGCUGCGUUGAUUUCAAUUUGACUUCGGCCAUCAGCCUCGGGGGCCCGGCCUGCAUCAAUAUCAAACAGAAGGAACAAAACGUCUCGCUGAACGUCAGCUACGGGGAAAAUCCGGUUCACAACGCUACCAUUAAAAUUGAGAACGCGGCGAACAAACCAACGUGCAUGAGUCUCCUGCCGUCCGGGGAUGGCCUCUUCGUCAAUCUGGUGCAGCUUUGCGCUAAAUUCACAUCCAUUAGUCGCUCCGAUCAGGGUCACAACGGUUGUCUCGUUAUCGAACCGACUCUCGUGAGCACAAUACAAGCGACGUACAACGUUGGAUGCUUCAAUUUCAAUCAAGGAGUUCGACAAAUUGAAAUUGCCACAGUUCCUGAAGCAACGGAUUCCCCAGCUGCGGAGGAGGACGAGGAGGAAGAAGUGGGUCUGAACACCGAGGAGUUAAUAGCCGCCGUAUCGGCGAGCGCGGAGAAAGGAAUAGCUCUGUUUUCUCAAUGGCUGGGUUUGAAUAUCGGACCGAAAGCAAACGUGACAGCGACGAAGGAACAAGCGGGUGGCCAGAGCAGCAGGACCGAGGAGGAGACGAGCGUGGAGAACGGGACGUCGCGGAUGUCUCGAGGAAUGUCGACGAACGAUGCUCAGAGGGAAAGGAGCGAGGAGAGAUUUCGACAACUGUUGAGCGCCCAGGACAACAUAAUGAAGGAGUCAGCGAGGAUCGGACAGCCCUACGAGACCCAAACUAAAUUCGUCUAUUCGACUCCUCUCUCCGAAAGUCCCUCGAACAAAAGCAAAGAUUCCGCUAGGACUUUGGACGAGAACGCAGCCAAGAGCUCGAUCAUCGUUCCCCGGGAAUCUCGUCGCGGUGGGCGAGCCUACAAUAUUCAUCAGCACGUUAACGAGGUCUGAAAAUUUCAUAUGACCGCAAAUAAGAACGUUGAGAGAGAGAGAGAGAGAGAGAGAGAGAGAGAGAGAGAGAGAGAGAGAGAGAGAGAGAGAGAGAGAGAGAGAGAGAGAGGAGGAAGGAGAGAGCGAGAGAGAGAGAAAAUAAUCACGCACGCCGUACACGUAGAGUAUGCUUUUCUUUGUCCACUCUCGAUGGGACUCGAUGAGUAGAUUUUUCACAGAGAUAUUUAUUCACGAGUAACGGUCGGUGUUAGUCACGAUCUUGUAGAAAAGAUAGUGCGUGGCCUACUUUUGAGGACGCUUGAAAAUUCAUCACUCCAAAUUUCACCGAGAUCUUUAUUCCUUUGAUUAUCACUUGACCUUCGUUUCUGCACCAACAUUGGAGGCUAAUGAAGCCGUUGAUGGGGCUGCGGAAGUUUCUUCAGCCUCGUUUAUCUCGCGUAAUCGUUGUAGACAGCACCGAGGCUUCGUAUGGCCGAGAAUCCGAGAAACUUCGAAAAAACAAAAAACGUUAUAAGGCAGCUAAGAAAGUAUCCGGUUGACAGAUUAUUUCGAUUAUCGGAGCAAAACAAAAUGUCCAAUUUUUCGUUACAGUGACAAAAGAUCGAAUCUUCGAAUCCAGGCUUCGUAUGCAGGGAAAGAUAAAAUGAGACGAAACAAGAAUUAAGGAGCGAGACGAGGAGUGUGCAACUGACGUAAUUUAUUAUGAUUAUUCACUGAAACGUGUGUUAAAUUAAUAUUGCACCGUCGUUUUUUGUAAUACCAUGGAAAACAAAAACCACCGAAUUACAACGAAAAUUACGAUUUUUAUUAUUCCCACAAUAUUUGGGCGCUAAGUGCGUUAGCAAACGCUAGCGAUAAAUUAGUAUCGAGGGAUUCAAAAGGUGGUGAAGACGAAAUAAAUCAACGGAGAUUAAACUGCAUGCGAAUAGUUUAUUGAUAUUUAUAUCCGCAAAUCAGAGGUCACGCGACCUCGACAUUCGAUAUGUUUUUGGUUAUUAAAUCGUAUUAUUAUAAAAAUCUAAGAGCUACGCGUUAUGUGAACGAAUAAAAAAAAAC